GCCAUAGCCUCUCAUCUCAACUCUCUCAAUAAGCCCCGAACUCCCCAUCCCUCCUAGUCCAAUCUCUACUCCGUUACUCUUUUCUUUCUUCUCAUCUGGGUCGGGUCGGGUCUGGUCUGUUCCUUCAAAAUGCUGGCUCGGCUCGCUGCCAAUCGCCUCCGUGAGAUCCGUCAGAUUUUCCGUCAGCCGUUGCGAUCCUUUUCUACUGCCCUAAAUUACCAUAUUGACUCCCCAGACAACAAACCUGACCUACCAUGGGAGUUCAGUGCUGCAAACAAAGAGAAGGUUAAGGAGAUAAUUUCGCACUAUCCGUCCAACUACAAGCAAUCCGCUGUUAUUCCCUUGCUGGAUCUUGCACAGCAGCAGCAUGGAGGAUGGUUACCCGUUUCAGCAAUGGAUGCAGUAGCUAAGGUUAUUGAAGUUGCUCCCAUCCGUGUAUAUGAAGUUGCUACAUUUUAUUCAAUGUUUAAUCGCGCUAAGGUUGGUAAGUACCAUCUAUUGGUCUGUGGCACAACACCAUGUAUGAUCCGUGGUUCUCGAGAUAUUGAAGAUGCCUUACUGAAGCAUUUAGGAGUGAAGAGGAAUGAAGUAACUAAGGAUGGAUUGUUUUCUGUUGGAGAAAUGGAAUGCAUGGGUUGCUGUGUAAAUGCGCCCAUGAUCACUGUGGCAGACUACUCCAAUGGUUCUGAAGGAUAUACUUAUAACUAUUAUGAAGAUGUCACUCCGAAGAAAGUUGUAGAGAUAGUUGAGAAGUUGAGAAAGGGCGAGAAGCCACCGCAUGGCACUCAAAAUCCAGGGCGAACUAAAUGUGGACCAGAAGGAGGAAAUACUACUUUGUUAAGUGAGCCCCAACCUCCUCCAUGCCGAGACCUUGAUGCCUGUUAAAUUUGUAGCACAUGAUGUCUUCAAUAACAUAAGGCUUGGACAUUCUCAGGCUUUACUUCUGUUGUCAGUCAGUAUUGUUAAAUUUUCUUUACGGCUCAGCAAUUGUUUUGUAUUUCGAUAUCCCUGUAUGGUUUCUGGUGGAUGUGCCACACAAUUCCAUUUUUGUUUCAAGUUAUAUACAUUACAUUGGUUUGGAACCAUACUGUUUCUAAAGGUAUGCUUUCAUCUCAUGGUCAUCUUGUAAGAUCUCUACAUAAAGUCUUUAUUAACCAAAGACUUCCGAACCAUUUCCCAUUGCUGAGAAUGAACACCUUUAUUAAAAUCA